AUGUCAGACAUAGAAGUCUUUGAAGAAGAAGAGGACACCAUGCCUCCUAAGGCAAUGAAUUCUGAAGCCAUCAAAAAGUUGGUAGAGGAGUUACUUGAAGAGAAACUCAAAGAGGCCGAGCAGUCUAAGGAGAAAGGCAAGGCCGAUGAAGAUGAGUCAGAGGAAGAGAUUGAUGAAGAUGCCAAAGAAAUGGAGAAGUUGGCACCUAAUCAGAAGAUGUUCCUAAAUUCUUUGAAGUCAGUGAAUAGAGAUAAUGUGGAGAGUUUACCUACCUAUGGUGGUAGCCUGAAUGGAGAAGAGGUGCUUGAUUGGAUUGAAGCACUCAAUAACCAUUUUGAAUACAAGGAAGUUCCUGAGGAGAAGAGAGUGAGUUUGGCAAAGUCUAGACUCAAAGGGUCAGCCUUGCUAUGGUGGACAGUAGUGCAAGAAGAAAGAACGAAUGAAGGGAAGAAGAAGAUAACUUCUUGGGAGAGGAUGAAGAAUAAAAUCAAAGAGCAAUUCUUGCCCAUUGACUAUGAGGUCUAG